AUGAUCCUUGCUUAUAGUAUGCUACUAGAAAGACUACAUAAUUUGGUGGAAAAACUUCAGACAGAAGCCGAUAUACAUGUUGGAAAAUUGGAAGUCAUUGAUCACUUCAUCAAGGAAGUGAAUCUGAAUGAAUUGAAAAUUAGUCGUGAGCAGAAGAAAGUAAGUAGCAAGCAUUGGGCCACAUCAAAGUUUUCAUCUCUGCUAGUGUCAGUAAGGAGUGCAGAGGAGCUGUCCUCAGAAUCAGCCUGCAUGGGCCUUGAAAAUCAGGACAAAGGUUUAUUACUAAAUGGUACAUUUAAUGAGGAGGAAUCUGCAAAGUCUUUUCAGGAAGCUUUGCUUCAAUGGAGAAAAGGUAAUCGUGAUCACAGAGAACAACUGCGUGCCAGUGAGGUCCUAUCAGAAUCUGUGGGAAUUUGUGAGGUACAGACCAAUCUUACUGUUAUGAAGGAACCUAUCCAAAUUGAGUUCAAGAAGGAUGGCCUGAGCUACAUGGAGAAACUCUUGCUUAAGAAAUACAGAAGAACACCUGUUGAUCAAAUUUCUGGUAAUUGCACUAAAGAUUUAAGGCCUGUGCAAACACUGAGUGUACAUGAGGCUAUGAUUGGAGGAAGGGGAGGAGGAGACGAUGAUGAUGAUGACGACGAUGACUUAACAGUUGAAGAGGUGAAGAGAUGUUGGCCAUCUGUUUUUAGAGAGGAAGUACCCAACACUAUUUCUGAAAGUGCGGAGCCCUCUUUGAAAAUUGAGUUCCUUGAUGACUCUUAUGGCAAGGACUUGGAAGAAUCAUCUGACAAUUUGACGAUGGAAGCUGGGGCUAUGGGAAUGAAUAAGCAAUGGAGAACUGAACCACUCAAGCAGCGUGGAAGCUUUGCAGUUGCAGAUCUGAACAACACAGUACUAGACCAUUUGCCAAGAGAAACUGUAGGCAUAAGAAAGUCAUGCCUCUCUCAUGACAGAGAAUCAUGUUAUUUAACUUCCACAGCUGACAUUCAAUAUUCUUUGCCUUUUCCUCUUGACAGAAAUCCUAUUUCUUCUGAAGAAAUUUCUCAAGAAAAAAUGGUUGUCUGCAGUCAUCUUGAAAGAAAUGCAGUGCAAAAGGAGAAUUUUAAACUAAAGACUAUGAGAAGAUCCCUUAGCUCCUGUAAACUACCUGAGAAGAUCUCUAACCGUACUGAACUAAUGAGCAACAAAUAUCUCCAUGAGACACAACUGCUGAAAACCAAUAAAGAUCCACAACAACUGGACAGUGUCUGUAAUAGUCAGAGUUUGGUUUUGCCUGUAAUUAUGAAGCCUUCAGUGUUACAGGAUGUAGCCAAAAGACAGAAAUCUGUUUCUACACAGUACUGGGGACUUGAAGGUUUCUUUGUUGUAGGUGCAAACCUUCAACAAGCAACGCUUGAAGCACGUUCUUCACUGUGUGCUGACUCUAGCCCUAUGGAGAGUAGUAUCCCAUUUCCAGGAGAUGGAAAGUGGGUUACUGAAAGGAGCUUAAGUGAAUAUGCAGAUGACUCUGUAGUUCAAGGUGUCUUAGAAAGUCAGUUGAAUAGACCUUCAAGUGAUUUGGAGACUCAAAAUAGAAUUUCUUCCCCAAUGGGAGCAUGGAGGUCAUACCCAGGGAAUGAUUCUAGAAGACCUUGGUCAGCAAAUAUGCUACACUCUAAACUGACUGGAAAUUGUCCUCAAAAACAUUACAGCUUAGCUUCUGAAGAUGUAAUCCACUCCAGCAGACAUUCAGAGAAGAUAUGUAGGAAUACUACAGACUUGCAUAAAAACCUGAAGCUAAAAGACCACAGUAGAGUUGAUACAGUCAGGGGCUGGGAUGAAAGCCAGGUGGAUGAUGAGGAAGAAAUUCUGGAGGAUAAGCAACAGGUUCUUGUAUUACAGUGA